ACAGCAUCUUUAUUCCUCCUUUCUCCCUGUCUCGCACUCACUCACUUUCCACACACUCUCUCUCUCCUUUCUCUCUCAUCGCCGUCCUCAUCACCAUCAUCAUUUACUUCCUGUUGCUCGAAAUCUCUGGUGUUAUUUGCUGUACUAUACAACAGGCGGAAUUUCUGAAGCUGCAUUUCGGAUAAUCUUCGUUUUCUGAGCUGCUUUUUCAGUGAAGAAAUUUGAAUCUCAGAUUUCAAUUUUACUUGAGAAAUUGGAGAGAAGAGCCAGUGAUGAUGAUAUUUGGCGCAGCAAAAGGCAUUAGAUCGGGGUAUAUCAGAUGAUAUACUGUGGUCAUAUCAUGCUUUGCUUCUUCUGUCAUGGAAAUGGUUCAGUUGAAGUUUUAUCACAUGUACUAUGUGUUUGUUACAGUUGUAUGCAUUCUGUACACUGGUUGCAGAGCUCUCAGCGCUGAUGGCGAAGCUCUUAUGAGUUUUAGAGCAUCAAUUCUUAACUCAGAUGAUAACCUUCCAAGGUGGAGGCCUGAGGACUCUGAUCCAUGUGGGUGGAAAGGAGUGAGAUGCAAUGCGAAAUCCAAGAGGGUUAUACACUUGAAUCUUUCGCACCACAAAUUGAGCGGACAAAUACCACCUGACAUUGGGAAACUUGAUCGCUUGGAAAUUCUGGAGCUUAACAACAACAAUUUAUAUGGGAAAAUUCCUGCUGAACUGGGAAAUUGUACAGAGCUGCAAGCACUGUACUUGCAAGGAAACUAUUUAAGUGAGCAGAUACCUAGUGAGCUGGGUAAUAUUACUGGACUUCAAUUUCUUGAUAUUUCAAGCAACUCACUUAGUGGAGCUAUACCUUCUUCACUUGGGCAACUAAACAAGCUCAUUGUAUUGAAUGUCUCUACAAACUUCCUAGUUGGACCCAUCCCGUCAGAUGGUGCGCUUUUGAAGUUUAAUCAAGACUCUUUUGUUGGAAAUCGCGGGUUAUGUGGUAAACAAAUUAAUGUGGCUUGCAAAAGUGGAGGGCCAGAUGCAACUCCAAGUAGUUUUGGCUCAGAUCAAGGCGAUGGUGGAAAGAAGAAGUAUUCAGGCCGACUUCUCAUUAGUGCCUCGGCAACUGUUGGGGCCUUACUUCUGGUGGCUUUAAUGUGUUUUUGGGGAUGCUUUCUCUAUAAGAAGCUUGGUAGAAAUGAUGGCAAAGGUCUCGCAAUGGAUGUCAGUGGAGGUGCAUCAAUUGUGAUGUUUCACGGAGACCUUCCAUAUUCUUCAAAAGACAUUAUUAAGAAGUUGGAGAACUUAAAUGAGGAACACAUAAUUGGUUGUGGUGGCUUUGGCACUGUGUACAAAUUGGCCAUGGAUGAUGGAAAUGUCUUUGCAUUGAAGAGAAUUGUAAAGUUGAACGAUGGUUUUGAUCGCUUUUUUGAGAGGGAGCUUGAAAUCCUUGGGAGCAUCAAACAUCGAUAUCUUGUGAAUUUAAGAGGAUAUUGUAAUUCGCCUUUAUCAAAAUUGUUGAUCUAUGACUACUUACCUGGUGGUAGCUUGGAUGAAGUGCUUCAUGAGAGAUCAGAGCUCCUUGACUGGGAUGCACGCUUGAAUAUUAUUUUAGGGGCUGCAAAAGGGCUAUCAUAUCUUCAUCAUGAUUGCUCCCCUCGCAUUAUUCAUCGCGACAUCAAGUCUAGCAACAUACUACUUGAUGCGAAUUUAGAGGCUCGUGUUUCUGAUUUUGGAUUGGCUAAAUUGUUGGAGGAUGAAGAAUCCCACAUCACAACAAUUGUUGCUGGAACAUUUGGUUAUCUUGCUCCUGAGUAUAUGCAAAGUGGCAGGGCUACUGAGAAGACUGAUGUGUACAGCUUUGGGGUUCUGGUUCUGGAGAUUUUGAGUGGAAAACGUCCAACAGAUGCAUCUUUCAUAGAGAAGGGUCUGAACAUUGUUGGUUGGUUGAAUUUUCUAGUGACGGAGGAUAGGCAAAGAGAGAUAGUUGAUCAACAUUGUGAAGGAGUGCAACAGGAAAGCCUUGACGCUCUGUUGUCAGUGGCUAUGUUAUGUGUCUCUUCAUCUCCUGAAGAACGACCUACCAUGCACAGAGUAGUUCAGGUAUUGGAAUCUGAGGUGAUGACACCGUGUCCUAGUGAUUUUUAUGAUUCAAAUUCUGAUUGAGCUGCCAGAGGAGCAAUGUAUGGGGAUACAUACGUAUAUAUAUCUACUCUAGCGACUUCUCAUAAUUGAACGAGUGACGCAGUGGUGAAGAAUUUUCAGCUGUAUUUGCUAUUUGUUCAUUCUUUUAAAACUCCGAAGCAAUUGAAAGUAGCCCUUCAUCCACAAGAUGAUGUUCACACGGGAAGCGCUCUGGUGGAAUUUUGCCAUUCAUGAUUAGGUAUUGGGCUAAAUUGAGAAUCUACAAAGACGUUUUUCGGUCUUUUCUUUUUUCCCCUCCAACAUUCGUUGAAUUGUAUAUAUUUAUUGUACAAAUUGAAACACUGCUGCCAAUCUGGGCACCCUGUUGUUUGUUGUCAUCUUUGUAAAGUGGAAAUUGCCAGAAUAAUUGGUUCUUCAUUUUUUGGUUUUCAAAACUUGUAUGUUGUAUUGCUGCUUUGUAUUCCAGUUAUUGAAUCGUGUCUCUGAUUUUCUGAGCUAA